GACUCUGGGGCCUGGUCAACAACGCUGGCAUUUCCAUCCCCUCGGGACCCAAUGAGUGGAUGAAGAAACAGGACUUUGCAAGUGUACUAGAUGUGAACCUGUUGGGCUUGAUCGAGGUGACUCUGAGCAUGCUGCCCUUAGUGAGGAAGGCGAGGGGCCGUGUGAUCAACAUCGCCAGUGUCUUGGGCCGAGUGUCUUUGUGUGGUGGUGGUUACUGCAUCUCCAAGUAUGGUGUAGAGGCCUUCUCAGACUCCCUCAGGAGGGAGCUCUCCUACUUUGGGGUGAAGGUGUCUAUUAUAGAGCCUGGUUUCUUCCUGACCGGUGUGACCAGUAGUGCCAGAUUAUCCUCAAAUACCCAGAUGCUGUGGGACCAGACCAGCUCAGAAAUCAGGGAGAUCUAUGGCGAGAAGUACUUGGCAUCCUAUCUGAAAAACCUAAACAAAUUGGACCAGAAGUGCAACAAGGACCUGACUUUGGUGACAGACUGCAUGGAGCACGCUCUGACUGCCUGCCACCCUCGCACCCGAUACUCAGCUGGCUGGGAUGCUAAGCUCUUCUUCAUCCCCUUGAGCUACCUGCCCACCUUUCUUGUGGAUACCCUUCUCUACUGGACUUCCCUGAAGCCUGAGAAAGCCCUCUGAAGUGUUCACCUAUGCGUGUACCUGGGGAGAUGUAUGUAGAGUGUGAGAGAGAGAAUAGUGGAAAUUCGGAGGGUUGAGGGAGAGAAUUUAUUAUUCUGGGGUUUUUAGUCAACACACUUCAUCUCAUUAAGUCUCCUAUGAUAGUACUCAAGACUGAUGAUGACCAAAGGAAUAGGCAAAGAAUUCUGCCAAGGGAUUCAGUUACAAAAGUGCUGGCUGAUGCCAAGUUGA